AUGCUGCAGCUAGUCCGGGCGGGGGCCCGGGCCUGGCUUCGGCCCAGGGGCUGCCGGGGCCUGAACGCGCUGGCAGAAGAGGCAGUGCAGCCGGCAGAGAAACCAGAACCCUUGGCGAACGCAGGUCCCCAGGCACCCGUGCUGCGCAGGUGCGAGCUCCCGGUACCCCUGCACCGGCGUCCCGUGCAGGCCUGGGUUGAAUCUCUGCGGGGCUAUGAGCAGGAGCGCGUGGGUCUGACCGAGCUGCACCCAGACGUUUUCUCCACGGCGCCCAGGCUGGAUAUCCUGCACCAGGUUGCCAUCUGGCAGAAGAACUUCAAGAGAAUUAGCUACGCCAAGACCAAGACCAGGGCCGAGGUGCGGGGAGGUGGCCGGAAGCCCUGGCAGCAAAAAGGCAGUGGGCGUGCCAGACACGGCAGCAUCCGCUCCCCAAUCUGGCGAGGAGGAGGUGUCGCCCAUGGCCCCAGGGGCCCCACGAGCUACUACUACAUGCUGCCCAUGAAAGUGCGGGUGCAAGGGCUCAAGGUGGCACUGACCGUCAAGCUGGCCCAGGACGACCUGCACGUCGUGGAUUCCCUGGAGUUGCCCACCGCAGACCCCCAGUACCUGAUGGAGCUGGCCCGCUACCGCCACUGGGGCGACUCUGUCCUUUUUGUAGACUUAGAACACGAUGACAUGCCCCAGAAUGUCGUAGCAGCAACAUCCGGGCUCAAGACCUUCAACCUGGUCCCAGCUGUCGGCCUGAACGUGCACAGCAUGCUCAAACACCAGACCCUGGUCCUGACCCUGCCCACCGUCGCCUUCCUGGAAGAGAAGCUGCUCUGGCAUGACUCACGUUACACGCCCCUCUACCCCUUCCGCCUGCCCUACCGAGACUUCCCCUGA